AUGGUACCUCCUCCACCAGGACCGGGUGCUGCGGCGGCCCCAAGCAGUAUCUUGCCUCUUGAGCUGAUGGACAGGUGCAUCGGAUCGAGCGUCUGGAUUAUCAUGAAGAGCAAUGGCAGGGAGCUCGUAGGGACUUUGAGAGGCUUUGAUGAUUACGUCAACAUGGUGUUGGACGAUGUGACCGAAUGGGAGGGCCAUGGUGAGAGCAGAAAGAAGACAAAGUUGAAGCAGACUCUCUUGAAUGGUGCCAACAUCUGCAUGAUGAUUCCAGGGGGUACAGGACCAGAUUCAUGA